CGGCGAACCUUAAGCAUCAUCCUAUAUACGAUUAAAAAAAGAAAACCACAGCAGAGCAUCCGCCUUGUCGCAGUCUCGAUUCGAGGGAGGGAGGGAGAGAGAAGAAGAAAUCUCUCCCGGUUUAGUUUCGCUCGGAAAAAUGGGCUGUGGGAAGUCGAAACACGAUGUCGCCACGGGGAACACGGUGAGCCAGAGCAAGAGAUUGAGCUCGGAAUCGAAGAAGAACAAUGAGGCUGCAGCCGUCCCAAAGGUGACAAAGGACACGGCCCAAGAGACAGAAGUGAAAGGGGACAAAGACAAGGGAGUUACGAAGGAGGCAACCGAGGAAAAGGCUAUUGUUGAAGAGAAGGAGGACGAGGGAAACUCAGGACAUAAAGAUUCUUCCAGACCAGAAGUUCCAGCCAACGAUGGCAAGGCUAAGGUCGAGCCGAAGAUUGUCGUGGAGGAGAAGGGAUUGGUAAAGGAGACGGGAGCCGAGGAAGAGAAAGCUAAAGGAGCGACCGAAGUCCUGAAAGAAGAGAAUCCAAUCAAGGAAGAGGUACAAGCAGCGGCGCCAUCAGUUGAAGAAGCCAAGGCACCAUCAGUUGAAGUAGCUGAAGCACCGGAUGCAACGGUAAAGGACGAGAAUCAAACUACUGAAAAGGUGGCUGAAGCCGGUUCCACAGCUAGCAACCCGAAGACCGAGUAAAUCCGGAGAAUAGGAAUAUAUGAAGAGUCAUCUCAGAUGAAUCAGGCUAUCAGCGUCUUUACUUAUCUAGAGCCCCCCUCCCGUGAUAUGUGUUAAAAUAUCAUAGCUUCCAUAAUAAUAGUCCUAUUUCUUUGGGAAAUCGAACAUACCGAAGAGCCGAAAUGAAACAAUAAUCAUGAUCUCGUGCAAUUUUAUGAUUACACCAGUUGAAAUU